AUGACUUGGCCAUUGAUAGACGCUCAUUGUCAUUUACACGAUGAACAUUUUCAUUCUUUUAGCUCUUCAUCGAGUAUUCAACGCUUCGAAAAUGUGCUUUCUAGGGCCCGCAGUGUCCAUCUAAGUCACAUUGUGUCAUGUGCUACCCAUGAAGAAGAUUGGCGGAUCUUGGAGCAACUUAUGGAGCAACAGAAGCACGACAGCUUCUUGACGAUUGUACCAGUAUUUGGAGUUCAUCCGUGGUGGGCACAGGAGAUGAGACUGAUAAAAAGUUCAGUUCCAUUAAAGACAUUACGCGACAUGUUGAUACUGUACCCAAAAGCAAGUGUGGGAGAGAUUGGGCUAUGCAAGAGCAAAAGAGGACGACAAGUACCAGUGAAUAUUCAGAUGGAGACAUUCCGAGUGCAACUGGAUCUGGCAGCAGAGUGGAUCACUAGAUAUGAUACAGUCUUUCCUGGCACUACGAGGCACGCGAGUUUUUUUUCACUCAAUGCCAAGCAAUUGACGGAUCCACAAAUGAAAAAGGCUGCUGCUUGUUGCAAGAAAUUACCGUUGGAAUCGCUUUUGCUUGAAACAGAUGCACCUGAUCAGACACCUUCCAUUGAGCUUGUUAAGGAGCUGUUCAAUCAGGCAGAUAACGUACCGCUAGCGCUGCAAGAAGGUUCGGCAGGUGUGAAUGAACCUGCAAUGGUGAAACUUGCACUGUAUGGUGCCGCAAAGAUCCGAAAUGUACCGAUGGACGAAGUAGCAGCUGCAGUAUAUCAAAAUUCUAAAGAGGCCUUUGGUCUUAUGGCAUCAUAG